AUGGCGUCCGGAGUGAGAUUUGGUGCACGCUUUUGUUGCCGAGCUUAUGCAUCUUCAUUUUGUUACUCCAGGGCGAGCAGAAUAAACAUCAAUACUUCGAAAUAUCUUUGGAGAUGUCCAACAGCUUGUGUCACUAGUACAUUAGAGGUUUCAAAUAAAAGGUUUUAUGCAGAUGAAAAGUCUUCACGUGCGUCAGGUGUUUUAAAGUUUUCCCAGUACUUGAUGCAAGAAAACUUUAGGAAUGCUGUAGACGGUAUCGAUGUCUCAAGCUCUACUGGUUCAGAGGGGGAGCAGGAUGAUGAAGAUCCAUCAAUGCAAAUGAUGAUUGAGAGAUAUGAAAGGUAUCACUUAUGGUUGGCAAAGUUGAUGGGGAAGGAUCCUGAAUCGUUCAGCCUAGAGGAUGCGCAGGAAGCAGUUGAAUACUUGUUACCAUCUGGAUUGUAUGCUAAGGAUUGUCGUCCUACCUUUGAGCACCCUAAGACACUUUACAGACAAUGGACAGGGCAAAUGGAUAAAUCUGGCCGUCCACAGGCUGCAGCUUUUUACACAGGCCAAGUUGGCUUCCAUGAUUUGUUGUUUGAAAUAUAUGAGCUCACAGCCAAGUUGAAUGCUCUUGACAAGACUGCAUCAACUGACAGUGGUGCAGCAGAAAAAGAAGACAUCUUGGUGUCCGGUGAUGACACUGAAUCACAAUCCAGUGAUUUAGAUAGUGCAGGUUCAUCUGACAGUGAUAGUUCGGAGGCAGAAGACCACUCGUCAUCGAGUGAUGAAAUUGAAUUACAUGCUAGUGAUGUGGAAAGUGCAGAUAACAUUGCUGACGUUUGGAGCAAAGAGAACUGGAGUCGGAAGAAGAUGAGAUGGAUCAGCAAAUUUGAACUGGAAAGGCAGAUCGGUGAACUGCUCCCAGAUAGAGAUUUUGAAGUUAUUCUACAUCGACUCAAGAAAUUAACCAAGCACCGAAAUGCAGAUCACGCAAUUCCUUUUUUACUUCGUUUCCUAAAAGAAAUACCUCUGCCAGGAAAAGAACAAGUGAUAAAGGAGCUUAAUGAAGACGGGGAAGCUUACGGAGAAGGUGACCGCAAAAAUGCUACUGCAAGGGUAUGGGUUAAGAAAGGCUCGGGAAACGUCACGGUUAACGAAGUGCCUUUCGUCAAGUAUUUUCCCAGAAUGGAAGACAGAAAGCAAAUCAUGUCGCCAUUCCUCGCCAUUAAUGCAGUAGGUGACUAUGAUGUGAGAAGUGAAGUUCUUGGAGGAGGACACUCAGGUCAGUCUGGUGCUAUCAGGCUUGCUAUCAGUAGGGCUCUUCUUAACUUUGAAGACAGCUAUUUGGAAUCACUUGAAGAAGCUCAUUUAUUGAUGAAGGAUCCACGGAUAAGGGAGAGGAAGAAGCCCGGUCAGAAGAGAGCCAGAAAGAAGUUUGCCUGGGUUAAACGAUAAAGAGCUGAGCUUUGUUUUGCGCGGAGUGGCAGCAAGAAGAUCUACAAAAACCGGGGAGGAAAGACUGUCUUUCCUCAAAUAUGUUCAGAGAAUGAAGAACCGUAGGACGCGACGUCAGGAAAAUGAAUUCGUCGAUCUUUCAAGUUUUGGCUGGAAACGCUCACGAAGUCUUCAAACUCCAACUGCUGCGCGCGCAAAGAGUAGAUUGUUAUGGCUUAAUAGAUAACUAGAACGUUAUCGCUGUGGAGGCAGGAGACACAUUUUGAACUUUUACAAGACCCUAGAGAUCAUAAAUUGUAUAUAAACGUUUCAAUUUGAAAUAUUUUAACUGAAGAUAGUAAUAAAUCUUCA